CAAGGCAAAACGAAAUCCGGGCAGGCCCAUGAAGGACCGGGUGCCACGCUGCCCCCAACUCGCAGUUCCAGAAUCGUCUUCCGUUUCCUCGGCGACCCAUGAAGGACCCCUUCGAGGCGGCCGUUGAGGAGCAGGAGUCCCCGCCGGAUUCGCCGGCGCCGCCCGAGGAGGACCCUGCCACAGCGGCCCCCAACACAACCGCCGAGGACUAUGACGGCAGCGCGGGCGCCGGUAGUUCGCGCGCCCCGCCGCCGCGGCCGCGGCCUUCGGCGCUAGCCGCGCCCUCGACCUCCGUAGCCCCGGCGGCGGCGAAGGCCAAGGUCCGGCCCCAUAAGGAGCAGGAUGACGACGACGACGAGGAAGACCCCAUGGAGGUCGACCUCGACAAGCUGCCUUCCGGCACCAGCGAUCCCGACAAGCUCGCCAAGAUGAAUGCUUUGUUAUCCCAAUUUACAGAAGAUCAGAUGAACCGGUAUGAGUCAUUCCGGAGAUCUGGAUUUCAGAAAUCUAACAUGAAAAAGGGCAGUACACCCGAAUUAUAGAAGGAUUGAAGCUUGCCAAUGGAGAAUUUGGGAGGAAACCAGAGGAACAAGAAGAAGAGUCUAAGCCGAAGCCUCCUAUCCUAGCCAGGCCGAAGCCUUCCGUUCCGGUCCAAACCCACUUGUUCGUGGCAUCUUCUCCCAUAUUUGUAGCAGCAACUACUGAGUAGGCCAAGGUUCAAGAGUAGCCCAUGGUCUGGCCCAACAAUGGGGUAGAGGUAUGCUGACAAUCCCCCCUCCAUAAAAUUUGGCUUGCCCUCAAGUCGAAACCACGCCAACUUGUCGGGAUCCCAUGGUACUUGCAAGUCAUACUGAACCCUGUUCUUCUGCUUCACAUCUUGAGUCCGGGGAUGCAACAUUUGGGGGAAUAGUUGCCCAAGAACCACAAUCAGAAGAAAGGCACUUGACCUACCCAACAUGUACCAAUGGUCUGAGCUUCUGAAGCAUGCACAUGGAAAGCUGGAUGCAUCAACCAUACACAGAGAAAAGGGUACCCAAGCAAUCUUCCAAACAAUUAGGCGAGUGAGUUCAACCCCCAAUUGCACAAGGCAGUCACUGUAGAAAUCAGAGGCAUGAGCUUGUGAAACUUGCCAGCUCACCAACUCAAUAGCAGAGCACUUGAUUAUGGUGUGCAGAUAAGAGUUGUCUGCAAUAGAGCAUUUGUGGCAAUAGUGGGCUUGGUCACAGACACCCAUGUCGAAAUUACAUGUCUUCAUAGCAAGGGAACUGAAGAAAGAAUUUUGUGCACAGCUGCUGCUACUUCAGGUGUAGGCAUAAUAUUAAAGUUGGUACUGAAAAGUGUUCUUCUCCAAGAAAAAUCCAUAGCCUCAAGCACCGAAUAAGCGAGCACAGAAAAGUUACCAUGAAUCCUGACUUGCAUGCAUACUGGGCUUCCAUCAGGAGUUGCCAGUUUGAGAAACCAAGCAAUGGCCUUGUUGCAGCACACAGUAUCUUGCAGAUUUUGUGAGAAGGACACAACCACACUAAGCUCCUUGCACGCAAUAUAUGCCGUGGAUUCUUUGUGUAAAAUGCAAAUGUGUAUGGCCAUUUAGUUUUUCCACCAGCCAAUAUGUAGGACCUGUAACCACCAAAACUCCAAUAAGCUUCAUCCCAUGGCCGUUGUAGUACCUUGUUUUCAAAUCGUCAACGCACUGAUAUGCCUUUAUUAAGACCUCCUAGAACCUUCCUUGGUACUUGGAUACUCUCCAGUGACCCAAAGAUUGCUAAUCACUAAUAUUGCCAGUAAAAAAAGAGCAUCUCCAUCAGUAGCUUCAUGAACAUGAAUCAUAUCCCUACUAAUGUCAGUCUGCACAAACUCAAAACAACCACU